AUGGCAGUUCGCAGCCUCCGAAGGAGCCUCCGGCUGCUCCUUCUCCCAGCGCUCCUCCGGAUGGCCGAUCUCUGUCUCUUCGUGCCACAGACAGCAGGGGCCCCCUCUCCCCCUCCCUCCUCGCUCUCCUCGGGCCUUCGCCGCGCGGCGCUGCUCCUGGCGCCGCUGAGUCUCGGCGGGUCCUCGGCGUCCCUCCCGGCGGUCGCGGCCAAGAAGGCCUCGCUGCAGGCAGACCAGGAGAAGUUGCUUGCGGGCUACAAAGACCUGGUGUACAUGAUGCAGAACUUCAACAAAGUCACGAGGAAGUGCGACAAGAACCAGGACAAGAUCUCCCAGCCGCUGCAAACCGGCUUUGCGGGCCCUGACAGCUGCCUGGCGCAGCCCCUGCAGGUGCGGAAGUACCUGGGACAGACCUCGAUCAAAGCCAACCUCUUCGACACGAAGCAGAUGCUGGUGAACUUCGAGUUGGCGGGAAUGGUCCCCUCAGGGAGGGACGACGAGUAUGGAGAUCUGGUGGAGGACUUCGAGAGAUACAAGCGGGAGGCGGACGAGUGGGCCUACUCCUCCAGCUGGGCCGAGGCCAACCCUGGUGGUGGCCGGGACCGCACGGAGGACUAUCUGCUAAGAUCCAAGAACUUGGCGGAGAAGGCGACGAAGACCCUGGGUCGGCUUGUGGAGAUGUUGGGAAUCUCGGAGAACCUGUACCAGUGA